AGCGUCAACACCAAGAACCUGCUCGUCAAAGGCGGAGAAUGGAAGCUGGGCGUUGAGGAGGAGCCCCUUCCAUUCCAGAUCGUUCAAGUCGAUCAGGUCCUGACGAAUCCCUUUAACAACGACCAAGCAAUCUUGAUUCUGUCAGAAGAGCUAAGGCUUGCGCAGAAUGUCGCGCCGAUCUGCCUCCCUCCACCGACUGAAACUGUCGAUGUCGUUUUUAAUCGGACUGAGAAGUGUAUUGUGACUGGAUGGGGAAAAUCUGUUCUGCAAGCUCACCUUCAAGGCAGCAUCAUCCACGGAAUAGACGUCUCCCUUCUGGCCCCUGGAGAGUGCAAGAACAAGAUCAGCCAACGGGACCUUUCGAACCCGCUCAGCGCCGGCUGUGGGCAGCCCACCAACCCUGCUCACAACAUUUGCAAGGUGGACGUCGGCAGUGCUAUUGCUUGCACCUCAGACGGCAUUCACUACGUAUUGCGAGGCGUUUACUCUUGGGACUCUGGAUGUCAAGUCAAAAACACAAUCUUCCGUUUCAACUCAGUCGACAUUGAAUGGUUCAGAUGGGCCACCGGACAGAUCGAAAGCAAACGUUUCGCGAAGUUCACAACUACGACGAGCACCACAACGGAAAGCAGAGUUCCUGGAACAACAACAGUUAAGAAAAUAAAUGAAAAAAAAGUAAAGACCGAGGUGGGAAGAAUCGGGGUCACGGAUAUUACAACAUACCGAGUUUUCCUGAAAAAGUAUAGAGACGAUGGCAAAUGCGGUUUGCAAUACCCCCAAAAACCCUACGGUAAUCGCAAAGAAUUGGAGCUGGACUUCGCCGAGAUCCCCUGGCAGGCCAUGAUCCUUCUGAAGACCGACAAGAGCCUUCUCUGCGGCGGUGCGAUCGUUCAGCCUAAUGUCGUCAUGACCACUGGUAGCUGCGUUAAAGACGUCGACACCAAGAACCUGCUUGUCAAAGGCGGAGAAUGGAAGCUGGGCGUUGAGGAGGAGCCCCUUCCAUUCCAGAUCGUUCAAGUCGAUCAGGUCCUGACGAAUCCCUUUAACAACGACCAAGCAAUCUUGAUUCUGUCAGAAGAGCUAAGGCUUGCGCAGAAUGUCGCGCCGAUCUGCCUCCCUCCACCGACUGAAACUGUCGAUGUCGUUUUUAAUCGGACUGAGAAGUGUAUUGUGACUGGAUGGGGAAAAUCUGUUCUGCAAGCUCACCUUCAAGGCAGCAUCAUCCACGGAAUAGACGUCUCCCUUCUGGCCCCUGGAGAGUGCAAGAACAAGAUCAGCCAACGGGACCUUUCGAACCCGCUCAGCGCCGGCUGUGGGCAGCCCACCAACCCUGCUCACAACAUUUGCAAGGUGGACGUCGGCAGUGCUAUUGCUUGCACCUCAGACGGCAUUCACUACGUAUUGCGAGGCGUUUACUCUUGGGACUCUGGCUGUCAAGUCAAAAACCCAAUCUUCCGUUUCAACUCAGUCGACAUCGAAUGGUUCAGAUGGGCCACCGGACAGAUCGAAAGCAAACGUUUUGCGAAGUUCACAAGUACGACGAGCACCACAACGGAAAGCAGAGUUCCUGGAACAACAACAGUUAAGAAAAUAAAUGAAAAAAAAGUAACGACCGAGGUGGGAAGAAUCGGGGUCACGGAUAUUACAACAUACCGAGUUUUCCUGAAAAAGUAUAGAGACGAUGGCAAAUGCGGUUUGCAAUACCCCCAAAAACCCUACGGUAAUCGCAAAGAAUUGGAGCUGGACUUCGCCGAGAUCCCCUGGCAGGCCAUGAUCCUGCUGAAGACCGACAAGAGCCUUCUCUGCGGCGGUGCGAUCGUUCAGCCUAAUGUCGUCAUGACCACUGGUAGCUGCGUUAAAGGCGUCGACACCAAGAACCUGCUCGUCAAAGGCGGAGAAUGGAAGCUGGGCGUUGAGGAGGAGCCCCUUCCAUUUCAGAUCGUUCAAGUCGAUCAGGUCCUGACGAAUCCCUUUAACAACGACCAAGCAAUCUUGAUUCUGUCAGAAGAGCUAAGGCUUGCGCAGAAUGUCGCGCCGAUCUGCCUCCCUCCACCGACUGAAACUGUCGAUGUCGUUUUUAAUCGGACUGAGAAGUGUAUUGUGACUGGAUGGGGAAAAUCUGUUCUGCAAGCUCACCUUCAAGGCAGCAUCAUCCACGGAAUAGACGUCUCCCUUCUGGCCCCUGGAGAGUGCAAGAACAAGAUCAGCCAACGGGACCUUUCGAACCCGCUCAGCGCCGGCUGUGGGCAGCCCACCAACCCUGCUCACAACAUUUGCAAGGUGGACGUCGGCAGUGCUAUUGCUUGCACCUCAGACGGCAUUCACUACGUAUUGCGAGGCGUUUACUCUUGGGACUCUGGAUGUCAAGUCAAAAACCCAAUCUUCCGUUUCAACUCAGUCGACAUCGAAUGGUUCAGAUGGGCCACCGGACAGAUCGAAAGCAAACGUUUCGCGAAGUUCACAACUACAACGAGCACCACAACGGAAAGCAGAGUUCCUGGAACAACAACAGUUAAGAAAAUAAAUGAAAAAAAUGUCGAAACUGGUGUAGUAUCAGUCAAAACGACAACACCAACCCAGCAGAAGCCGAACCAGGGGAGUGACCUGGUCUCCGAAAAGGAAAACUCAAAAUAUAUGCGUAGAGUCUUCCUAAAAAAAUAUUCAGGAAGUGGCGAAUGCGGUGUACAAAACCCCCAGUUACCGCAAGGUAACCAUAAGGAUUCGGAGGUGGACUUUGCCGAGAUCCCCUGGCAGGCUACCAUCAUGCUGCAGACCAACUAUACCCAGCUCUGCGGCGGUGUCAUAGCUAGGCCUGACGUCGUCAUCACCUCUGCAAACUGUGUUCAAGGCCUUGACGCCGAAAAACUGGUCGUCAAAACCGGAGAAUGGAUACUGGGAGAGGGAUCUAGGAAAAAGGAGCCCCUUCCACACCAGAUUGUAAAGGUCCAGCAUAUCCUACGACAUCCUGGAUUCAUCGAGGGUUUCUCAUCGAACGACGCAGCCAUUUUGGUCCUCGCAGAGGACUUAAAGCUUGCACCGCAUGUCGCGCCGAUUUGCCUCCCUGCAUCAACUGAAACUUUCAACGUCGUUUAUAACAAACCUGGGAAAUGUAUUGUGACUGGAUGGGGAAAAUCUGUUCUGCAAGCUCACCUUGAACGCAGUGUCAUCCACGGAAUAGGCGUGUCCGUCUUGGCCCCUGGAAUAUGCGCAAACAGGAUCAGCCGAGACUACAGUUACUUACGCGACCUUUAUGAUCCGAAGAGCACCGCCUGCGGACAGCCCAGCAACCCCGAUAAGAACUUUUGCCAGGCGGAUGUCGGCAGUGCUGUUGCUUGCACCACAGACGGCAUUCACUACGUAUUACGAGGCAUUUACUCUUGGGACUCUGGCUGCGAAGUCGGCAAACAGCUGAUUGGUAUUUACAAAUUCGACAUUGAGUGGUAUGAAUGGGCUAUUGGACAGAUCGAAAGCGUUCGUUUCUCUGAAUACGUAGUGACGACAAUCACUGAGACGCAACGCCGAGUCACCACAAAGCCAAUUGUCAAGAGCACGACAACAGUUGAGACCAUCACCACCAAUGGCUUUAACACUGGCACAACCACCACGGGCAUUACAGGAACCACGAAGACCUCAGGCGUCCAGGGAACCUUCAAUUAUGGAAAUGCUGGAAAGAACGACGUGGCUUCUAAAAAUUCAGGACUUAAAGAAGUCAUCACCACCGUAACUAACAAAAAGGUUAUCACCACAGGAGCUUCCCCCGUCGGCACAGCAAUAAACGGAGGCAUCCAGGGAACCGUCAAUUACGGAAAUGCUGGAAAGAUCGACGUGGCUUCUAAAAAUUUUGGACGUAAAGAAGUCAUCACCACUGUAACUAACAAAAAGGUUAUCACCACAGGAGCUUCCCCCGUCGGCACAGCAAUAAACGGAGGCAUCCAGGGAACCGUCAAUUAUGGAAAUGCUGGAAAGAUCGACGUGGCUUCUAAAAAUUUAGGACGUAAAGAAGUCAUCACCACCGUAACUAACAAAAAGGUUAUCACCACAGGAGCUUCCCCCGUCGGCACAGCAAUAAACGGAGGCAUCCAGGGAACCGUCAAUUAUGGAAAUGCUGGAAAGAUCGACGUGGCUUCUAAAAAUGUAGGACGUAAAGAAGUCAUCACCACCGUAACUAACAAAAAGGUUAUCACCACAGGAGCUUCCCCCGUCGGCACAGCAAUAAACGGAGGCAUCCAGGGAACCGUCAAUUAUGGAAAUGCUGGAAAGAUCGACGUGGCUUCUAAAAAUUUAGGACGUAAAGAAGUCAUCACCACCGUAACUAACAAAAAGGUUAUCACCACAGGAGCUUCCCCCAUCGGCACAGCAAUAAACGGAGGCAUCCAGGGAACCGUCAAUUAUGGAAAUGCUGGAAAGAUCGACGUGGCUUCUAAAAAUUUAGGACGUAAAGAAGUCAUCACCACCGUAACUGACAAAAAGUUUAUCACCACAGGAGCUUCCCCCGUCGGCACAACAAUAAACGGAGGCAUCCAGGGAAUUUCUGGCUCUGCCAAGAGCCUCCCAGGAGUACAGAAACCAGCGGGAGAAUCAAAACAAUUUGUAUACACGAAUGUCGGUGGUGAUCUCUCACAGUUAAUAAAAUCAUUUAAACCAAAGCAAUAAAGAAUUAGUCAAGUCAUUAAAAUCGGGACGUAUCAAGUAAUAGUUACCGGCACGGAUCUUGAGCGCUGACCUUCACCUGCGCAGAAGUGAUUUUUUGUAUCCCUUUUCCGGUAUGAAGUGAGGCGCGGGGCGGACUAAAGUGCAGUGAUUUGCCCGCAGCGCAUCACGUCAAGCCGUCACUCGUGAUUGGUCGAAAUUCGUUGUUUGCUGCAGUUGCAUGCACCGCAACACGA